UCUUUUUCCCUUGCGUAAAAAAACUAUUUCGCCUGCGAAAGGGUCAUUUUAGUUUGUGCAUCCAGAUUACGCACCUGCAUCACAUCCAUUUUAAGAGCAGGGGCGGGUGAAGACGGAGAUAUUGGCUCUUUCUGAGUACCACUUCACACUUUUCACGUAUUUUGACAUCCGCCGACAGCUUUUGGAGUGCACUUGGAUACAAACAGACGCGGUCUGCUAGCGCAGCUCUGAUAGUCUGUCGGUGCGAAGUGUUUCUCAAUAUGCGUGCAUCGCUCAGUGGGCACACACCAUCAGCCGCAGCAACAUCAGUCCCGGGAACGGAUUGCAGUAUGUGUGCUAUCUUUUCUGUUCAGAGACUGUAGAAAACGAGGAAGACCGCCAAUAUGUUACUGGAUAAAUUCAACAAUAUAAGAUCGGGAUGAGGAUUCAGAACUAAAAUCCUCAAAAGGAAGUUUAAUACUUUUGUCUAGAUAUAUUGUUUACUCAUCACAAUAUCUUCUACUUCAAUGUGCGUGGAAUCGGAGCAAAUAUGACUGUGGUAAUUUGCCGCUACCGGAGCUAAGAGCUCCAGCCUUUCUAUCUUUAUCAGUUUCUCGGCUAACCGUCAUAUUCAACGGAGUAUGGCUCUGGAAGACAAGCGCGGAAAAGCCUUAUCUUUCACACAGAUGGGAAUAGAAGAGAACUCGAUGAGAAACGGCAGAGGCCUUUCUGAUCAAUGGGCCGACAGUGUGGUGGUUCGUUCCAGGACAACCGAGCGGCACAUCACCGUGCACAAAAGACUUGUCCUGGGGUUCGCCAUCUCCAUCCUAACACUUAUCGUUGUAACCGUCGUCGCAGUGUUGUUCGGAGUCAGGUUCGAAGAGUGCGCAGGGGAGAGCAACUCGCGCGUUGCAAAUGGGUCUGCUACCAAGUUCAACCAGUCUCGGGAAGCUAAUUUUAAUCAAAGAGAUGAAGACGUCCAGCCUUGGCGACAGCUGAGAUUACCAACGUCUCUGCGGCCACGAACCUACGAUUUGAAGCUCUCGGUGUACAUGGACAACUUCACGUUUUCUGGGGAAGUUAACGUAGAAGUGGAGUGCGUGAAGCCCACGAAGUUCAUCGUCCUGCACGCCGACAGGCUGGAAGUAGAAAAGGCGGUGGUGUAUUCGGAUAACAAAAAGCCGGGCGUCAUACGGAUUCACCGUCAGUUUCAUUAUCCGUCAAACCAAGUUUAUGUCAUCGCCUUGCACCGGGAAUUAAAGCCACAGAGAACUUACAAAGUUAACAUUACAUUCGAAGCCCAAAUAGAAAACGAACUUUUGGGAUUUUUCCGGAGCUCUUAUGUUUUGCACGGAGAAAGAAGGUACCUGGCCGUCACUCAGUUUUCCCCCACGCACGCCCGGAAGGCCUUCCCCUGUUUCGACGAACCCAUCUACAAGGCCAUCUUUAAGAUCAGUCUGAGGCAUGAGAGCGCGUACCUGUCCCUCUCCAACAUGCCCGUGGAGCUGUCGGUCCCUGACGAGGACGGCUGGGUGACCAACCACUUCUUCCGCACGCCCCGCAUGUCCACCUACUACCUCGCCUGGGCCGUCUGCAACUUCACCUACAGAGAGACCUUCACGGAGAGCGGCGUGGCGAUACGUUUAUACGCCAGGCCGAAUGCCAUCGAAAGGGGUUCGGGGGACUACGCCUUAAACAUCACCAAGAAGCUCCUCCAGUUCUAUGAAGACUAUUUCAAAGUGAAAUACUCCUUGCCCAAAUUAGACCUCCUGGCCGUGCCCAAGCACCCAUACGCUGCCAUGGAGAACUGGGGCUUGAGUGUCUUUGUGGAGCAGAAGAUCCUGCUGGAUCCUGAGGUGUCCUCUAUCUCCUACCUGAUGGAGCUCACCAUGGUCGUAGUCCAUGAGAUAUGCCACCAGUGGUUCGGUGACCUUGUGACCCCAGUUUGGUGGGAAGACGUCUGGUUGAAGGAAGGAUUCGCCCACUUCUUUGAGUAUGUCGGGACCGACUUCCUCUUCCCCAAGUGGAACAUGGAGAAGCAGCGCUUUCUGACAGAUGUCCUCCACGAGGUGAUGUUACUGGACGGCCUGGCCAGCUCUCACCCCAUCUCACAGGAAGUGUACCAGGCCAGCGACAUCGACAGGGUGUUUGACUGGAUCGCGUAUAAAAAGGGUGCCUCUCUGAUCCGAAUGCUGGCGAGUGUCAUGGGCCAGGCUGUGUUCCAGAGAGGCUUAAAUGAUUAUCUCCUGACGCACAUGUACGCCAACGCGGCCCGGGACGACCUGUGGAACAAGCUCUCGGAGGCUAUGCAGAGAGAGGGGAAUGACAUCAACAUUAAGGAGGUGAUGGACCGCUGGACGCUUCAGAUGGGCUACCCUGUGGUCACCAUCAGUAAGAACGAGAGCCUGGACCACAGUGUGACCAUCAGCCAGGAGCACUUCAUCUACGACAUGGACGCCAAGCUCAGGGACCCACAGCUUUUCAACCGGAGCUUCCAGUGGCAAAUCCCGUUGACGCUUUCUGUCGGAAAUCUGACUUACAUAUCACCAGAAUCCGUCAUCUGGCUUACCAACAAAACAGAGACUCACAGAGCCCUGCCCAUGGAUGAAGAGACAUGGCUGCUGGGGAACAUCAAUCAGACGGGCUACUUCAGAGUCAACUAUGACCUGCACAACUGGAAGCUCCUCAUCCAACAGCUGCUGAGAAACCCAGACAUCAUAUCUGUGGGGAACCGAGCGGGGCUUAUCGACGACGUCUUCAACCUCGCCAGAGCAGGGUACCUGCCCCAGAACAUCCCCCUGGAGAUCAUCUGCUACCUGCCCCAGGAGAGGGAGUUCCUGCCCUGGCACGCAGCCAGCCGCUCCCUCUACCAGCUGGACAAGCUCCUGGACCGCACCGAGGAGUACAGCAUCUUCAGUGAUUACGUGCUGAGACAGGUGGCUCCCAUGUACCACAGGAUGGGCUGGCCAAGCUCCUCCUCCAACAGUUCCAUCAUGCAGGCGGCCUAUCAGACAGAGGAGAUGCAGAGAGAAGUCAUCAUGUUGGCCUGCAGUUUUGGCAACAAGCACUGUCACCGGCAAGCCGUGGCACUCAUCUCCGACUGGAUAUCCAGCAAUAAAAACAGGAUCCCGCCCAACGUGAGGGACAUUGUCUACUGCACGGGUGUGUCUCUGAUGGACGAGGACGUGUGGGAGUUCAUCUGGAUGAAGUUUCACUCCACCUCCGCCAUCUCCGAGAAGAAGGUCCUGCUGGAGGCCCUGACCUGCAGUGACAAUGCCUUCCUUCUGAACCGGAUCCUGAAUCUCUCUCUGAGCUCGGACCUGGUGCCGGAUCAGGACGUGAUCGACGUCAUCAUCCACGUGGGCCGGAACCCCCACGGGAGACACCUCUCCUGGAGAUACUUCAGGGAAAAGUGGGAGGUUUUAAAUUCCAGAUAUGGAGAAGCCUUAUUUAUGAAUUCCAAAUUAAUCAGUGGAGUGACUGAGUUUCUAAAUACACCGUCAGAACUUGCCGAGCUGAAGGAGUUCAUCCAGAGUAAUGGAGGGGUGUCGGGGGCAGCUCUCUCCCGGGCGGUGGAGGUGGUGGAGGCCAGCGUCAGGUGGCACAGCCUCUUCCAGCAGCAGUUCUUCCAGUGGCUGCGCAAAUCCCCCAACAGCUAGCGCCCUGUACCGCCACCACGGACUCCUCUCUGGGACUACCGCACUCUGCUUUACCAACGAAAAUAGCAUUUCUGAGGGCAGAGACGUCACAAUUUCAAAUGGUGAUCUGGUUCUGUUGUUCUUGUGGAAAAACAAGGUGACAAAUGUACAAAAAAAACAUAAAAAAUAACAAUAAUAAAUAAUAGUAAUGCUGUGAUAAGUAUGUUUCGCAAAAUGGCAGAGCCUUUCUCGGCAGUUGAGUUGUGGUCCUGUGUGAAUGGGGCGUGGGAAAUGGAGCUGAGAACAUUGCAUGGUGUUGUUCAUCUUCCGCCGACACGUUUUCCGGUAUUUUCUCUUGUUUUUGUGCAUGGUUGUUCACCCCAUUCAGCCCAGCUUCUGUCCAAAGCGGCUGCCCCUCCAUUACAAACAGGACACGACAAAGUAGUGACAUAGUACGAGAAGGCCGGGCGACUUUAUGCAACUGUACCAAGCACAAAAGACCGGCGUGACAAUCAUUUAGUUUUUUCGCAAUUUUCAAGACACAAAGCGAGACUGCCUUUAUUAGCUGUUGCUUGGGCCCGUCAGUACAUAAGCCAUACAGUGAUGAAGCAAUGGAUGAUUCUGUGUGCAAGGACUUCACAGGGGCUUUCAGUCGAGAUUGCGUGCAGCAUUGCGUGUUACAUAUGUUAACAUGUGUGUGAUCCUUACCUGACCCCCAUAGUGGAGACAUGUUAGUGAUGUCUCCUCUCUCCUUCUCUCUCCUCCUCUGUCUCCUCUCUCUCCUUCUCUCUCCUCCUCUCUCUCUCUCCCCCUCUCUCCUCCCCUCCCCUUCUCUCUUCUCCUAUUUCCUCCUCUCUCCCCCUCUCCCCUCCUCUCUCCCUCUCUCCUCUCUCCUCUCUCCCCCUCCCCUCUCUCCCUCACUCUCCCCCUCUCCUCUCUCUCCCUCUCUCCUCCUCUCUCCCCCCCUCCCCUCCUCUCUCCCUCUCUCCCUCUCUCUCCUCCCCUCUCCCUCUCUCCCCCUCUCUCCGCCCCUCUCUCCCUCUCUCUCCUCUCCCCCCUCUCUCUCCCCCUCUCUCGUCCUCUCUCCUCCUCUCUAAACAUGAGGGACAGGUAGGACAGUACCACAUUGCAUAGAGUACUGGGGAAACAGUUAAAUCUGAAAUGGUGGCCAAGUGUACAAGCAGAAGUGAUUCUUACACUCUUCUCUGUUCAGGUUGGGCUGUCUUUGGAUGUGCUGUAGAUGUUUAUCUAAAAGAAACGUCAAGUGUGGUUUAUAGACGUGCAGUGGUAUGUAUUAUUUUUGUGUCAAUUCGCUGGUUGUUAAGGGCAGCCUGACGCACACCCAGUGCACAAGUGUUGUAACUGUCCUCUGUUUGGUGAGCCUCACCUGGAAACCAUGUUGGAAAAAAAGGGUUUUCCAGUAUCUCGAAAAUUUACCACAGAACUAUGAGGAGUUCCAUAGAAACCAGCCUCAAAUACAGCCGAUAAAGAGAUGUGUCAUUCAUGUUAAAGGGCACUGAGAGUGGUUUUUCAGAAUUAAACCCAGGGAAGUGUUCAGUUGAACAUGCCAACACCUUAAGGCACAGUGUGUGACCGAGUGUGUUUUUGGGACAUACUACUAAACACUUUUUUGGUUAUUUAAAUAUAUACUUCUUAAAAUAAUGCUAAGCUGUAAUUAGAUGUAAAUGUAAAUAAUUGAAUGAACUCCGCAGUUUUCUAAUUAUUUUUAUUUUUUAUUUUUUAUUUUUUUCAGAUAACCGCUGUAGGUGCCCUUUAACAAUGCUUGGCGAAAUAAUAUGAUUUACUGUGGAGUUCGUUAACCAUAUUCUUACAGUAAAGUGAGCACUUUUAUAUCUUGAACUAAUCCGUACUUCACUAAGAAUUGAAAACAUUUCCUUUCCAUUCCAUUCCAUUUCAAAUUGUGUUGACACGAUGGCUUUUUCUUUUUCUAAAUGAGAGAUGAUAUCUUCUGUUUUAUAAAGCAGAGCAUCUAUGGGAUUUUAACCGGUAUAAUAAAUUCUUUUGUACAGCGA